CGCUCACCAACACAGUUCAUUGUUGGCUGCUGUGGCUUUUUAAACGGGCGAACUUCCAUCUAAACAACUGUGUUUUAUUAAUGAAAAAAUGAGAAGGAGAAACAGUAGUAACGCCAGCAGGAGAGGCUCAACUAUUAGAAGACGGAGUGAGAAUUUACGUUUUGAUGAAUUCGGCUUUGCUCUUACUAAACGAAAGGACCGAAAACUUCAUCAUCGAUGUCAUGAUUACAGCUACUCCCAGCUGAGCUCAGUGAGGGUGAAAGAGCUGUGUGAGCUGCUCAGCUACUGGAAUGGAGCCAGUUUUAUUUGCAGGAGCCAGAUUGAGCGGUUUAUCAGGAUGGGUAUCCCUCCAAGUCUACGAGGGAGAGUGUGGAAGUGUCUUCUCACCAUCGACGGUCUGAGAGAAACCAGUGACUUCAACUACCAGAAGUGUUUGUUAGAGGUGCGAGGGCCCCUGGUGGAUUUGGGAGUCAGUGAGUAUGGCAUCCUGUCGGCAAUCACCACACUGAGCGAAACCCAAAACGAUUUGGAUUUGAACCAUCAGCAGUCCUCAAACUGCCCCGAGCCCAGAUACUCUGUAGACGACAUCACACUCUUCAGACAGAUCGCCCUCGACCUACAGCGUUCCUUCCCAACCCAUCGCUCUCUGAUGGGGGAGAGUCCAGAAGCCAUUGAGGGUCAAGCUAAACUCUUCAGGGUCCUCAUCGCAUACGCUAAAUACAGCCCACAGGUUGGAUACAGUCAAGGGAUGUCCUACAUAGCUGCUGUGCUGCUGAUGCAGUUGGGAGAGGAGGAGGCGUUUUGGGCUAUGACGGCCUUGUUGGAUAAACCCAAAUAUCUGGCUGAACUGUUUGACCUCAGCCUAACCAAGGUCCAGCAUCAGGUGAAGAUGUUUGACCAGCUCCUGAAACACAGGAAGCCACAGCUCUCUCAGCACAUGGAGUCAGUGGGAGUCUUAUCAGUCCACUUUGUGAUGCCAUGGUUCCUCACUCUCUUCACUUCCCUGCCCUGCUGGGACUCUGUCCUGGCUGUCUGGGAUCUCAUCAUUCUGCACGGCCUGUCAGCUGUGUUCCGUACUGCUCUGACCAUCAUUGAGCUCCUGGAGCCUCAACUGAUGGACCUGAAUGAUGAGGGGGCUGUGUUACCCCUGCUGUUGAGAGUACCUGUUGAUGUAGCACAGUACACCGUGUUGGUCCCUGCCCUGUGGAAUACUGAGGUCCAAGACUGGGAGCUUAAAUGUAUGAACAGUCUGGUGUUGGACGAGAGCCACCAUGGACCUAAUACAGAACAGGAACUAAAGUCUGCACUGCCAACCCAAGUCAACGGAGGUGAAGAAAAGGAAAAUGUGCCAACGCCUUCUCAAGGAGAAAAGACAACUGAGAAAGACUCAGUUACCGGAGCUAAAAGUGUACUGACCCGGGUGAUGCGCCUGGCCCAGCGAUACCUGUUGGACCCAAUGGGGAGACAGAGGGCAGAAGUUAAGGGUCCUCAAACACAGGCCAAGCCAAGACAGCGUAGUCCUGCACCUGGACGGGUGUUCAAGAGUCGGACCUCGACUUCACUAACUCAAACUCAGAUCAGAUCAAGGAGGCGGAGCCAGCAAAGAGGUGUGGCACAGCAGCCAGUAGUCCAGGGGAGCAGUGGUGAUGUCACUGUGGCCCCCGUCACUGCGGCCCCCGUCACUGCAACAGAUACAGCUGUGAAAUAUGACAGAGCAGAGCAAACCUUCAAAAGGGCAGGUACAGGACCUGUUGGCAAGGUGGCCGGUCGCCGUAGCAACCACAGCCUCAUCCAGCCAUCCAUCAGGCUCAAGUCCCUUCGUCUUCUACGAAACAGCAAGAACCAGCGUAGCCAGACCCCUCCCUCCUCCUCUAUCCUCCCCUCAUCGCUACGUUCUUCUACACUUCCUCCGUCUUCUUCCAUCCCGUCUUCAAGUCCUCCAUCACCCAGUGCUCCUCGAAACGAGGAUCAGCAACAGCAGCAAGACACACCCAGGACAGCUCUCAUCAAGGAGUUGACCAGCAGACAUCAGACCAGUGUCCCAUUCAGGAACACCAGAGAGUCUACGCUGAUCUGACACUGAAGAAGAGAAAGGAAGAUGACGGAACAAGUGAAGUAAAAAAAAUGCACUAAAUGUUUACAUUACAUACAAAACCACAACAGUUAGUUAUGUAAAUCAGAUGAUCUUGUUUGUUUGUCUGGGACAAAUAGGCUAACUACCUUACAUAAAGACCUAAUUAGAUUGCUGCAUAUGUCAUGUGGGGGCCCCUGUGCAGGGUCCAUACCAGCAUGAUCAUCUGGAGUUGCUGCUUAGAUCCUGUAGAGCUGUAAAACCAGAUUUCCACUAGAGUAUUAAACUAGAGUAUCUUUAUACUGCUUAUGUUUUUAAUAUAUUGUAUGAGCGCAUGCAUGUGCAUGUAGCCCACAUCUUUUUUGAUACUACUGUGCGCUGCACUGAUGUUGUUUAUUUUUCCAGUUGGAACAUAAAUGCUUAACCAUGACUCUGUUUUUAUUGUCUUACACAGUUCGCACUAAUAAAAUAUUGAUAAUUCUUUUUAA